GGAUAGUGUGCGGCGACGAGAUCGAUGGAAGGAUACAACCCGCCGUCGUUUCCACGAAGUAACGUGCUGCCGACAAGCCAGCCUCCUCCCGGUGGCAACCAACCGAACCAGACAUCGUCCUCGUCGUCUGUGCCGAUGGCGCCGAAACCAUCGACAUCUAGCCAGUCGUCAUCGUCGAAUGGGGUACAAGUCCCGAGUCUUGGAGCACCCCAGUCGCUGUUGAACCAGCAUAUGACGCAUCUAUCGCAAAGUCAUACACAUCCGCAUCCUCUCCACGGCGGCCACUCGCAUCCGCAUCAGCAUUCGCUGCACCACCCACUUCCGCUUCCCAGACAGCCGCAGUCGUCCCACAUUACGUUGGCGGCGAUGCCGCAGUCUCGUCCUGGAGUGCCCAACCGUGGCCUUCCCCCUCCUCCUUUUAGCUCAGGGCCAAUGCAGAUGAACACCCCGCACCAACGCGACUAUCCACCGUACUUUACCGAUAUUUCUCGUCCCGGACCUCCACAGCAGCAACCACAGCAGCAGUCGUCUGUCGUUCAACAGCCAGCGCCACCGCAACCCGUCACUGUUCAACCGUCGCCAGGAAACAAUAACAGUGCUCAAGGCGGCCUACCUCGUCCCCUUCGCGAGUUGCGAGUUGAAGACGCGUUGCUGUACUUGGACCAGGUCAAACAACAAUUUGGCGACCAACCCGACGUGUACAACCAGUUUCUUGACGUGAUGAAGGAAUUCAAGUCCCAAACUAUCGACACCCCUGGCGUCAUCCAGCGCGUGUCCGAGCUGUUCAAGGGACACCCGACCCUCAUUUUUGGCUUCAACACGUUCCUUCCGCCUGGGUAUCGCAUUCGACCGGAGUCGCUGGACCUGUACACGGUUCCCCAGCCCCCGCCGUCGUCCGCGGCAAACGUCCCGUCCACUCCGCUUCAAGCGCGUCCAGGUGGUCCUCCCAAUGGAAACAACGGCACUGCGACAUUGCCUCCGCUCUCGUCGAAUGGCAAUACCUCAUCGUCUUCAAUGAGCCUUCUCCGCCCACCACCUGUGAGCAUCCCGCCCUCCGAUUCGGCGCAGACCAACCAGCCGUCGUCCGUGAAAAAACCAUCGAGUAAUUCGUCCAAGCAACUGAACCAGCAGCAGGCCCAGCAAGCAAGCGCCCAAGCCAAGGGCCUUCCGCCACCCGUCGAAUUCGACCAUGCCAUCCUCUACGUGACCACAAUCAAGAAGCGGUUCGCUGACGAGCCCGAGACGUACAAAGCAUUCCUGGAAAUCCUGCACACGUACCAGAAGGAACAGGGUUCGAUCAAACAAGUCCUCGACCAAGUCAGCUUCCUCUUUCGUGAUCACCCCGACCUCUUGCGAGAAUUUACGUUCUUCCUUCCCGACGCUGUCCAAGAGGUGGCCAAGGAGCGAUUGAAUAAAGCUGCCGAGAAGGCGCAGUUGCGCCAAUCCAAGUUAGCCCAGCAAAGCGGCGGAAGCGGCGGCAAAACGGACAACCUGCCGUUCAAACAGUCGAAAAAAGGCGUGAAGAAGGGAGACGUGGGCCAAGUGAAGAAGGAGCCGUUCGCCCCGGCGUCGUCUCUUCCCACAUCCAUAAAAGACGACAAGGACGAGCUCCGUCGAUCCAAAGUCCAAAAGGAGCGCGACCGCGGCCGCAACAAAGCCACGUACGACCUCAAGCGCAAACACAAGAGCGCGUCCGACACACCGCGCCGCGAACUCCUCGCGAUGAACCAAACCUUGAUGGACCCGAGCGAGUGGAACAUGUUUGAACGAAUCAAGAAGGUCUUGCCAUCACGCGAUAGUUGGCGCGAGUUCCUCAAGUGCCUCGAACUGUACGCCCAGGAGAUUGUCGGCCGCGACGACCUCCUCACGAUGGUCAAGAAUCUCCUCGGCCGGCACACGGACGUAAUUGCCGACUUUACCGCGCUCCUCCAGACCCACGGCGAAGCAAAAGAUCAUUCGGGUGGCGAGAUCUGGCCGUUCAUUCCACUCGCCGAGACGGAUCUGUCCCAGUGCCGCCGCGCCACCCCGAGCUACCGCGCGCUGCCGGCAAGUUAUCCCCUCCCGCCCUGUAGCUUUCGCAGCGCCAUGGAACGCAACGUGUGCAACGACGCAUGGGUGAGUGUCCCGACUGGGUCGGAAGACUUUAGCUUCAAGAGCAUGCGGAAGAACCAGUACGAAGAAGCGCUGUUCAAGUGCGAAGACGAACGAUUUGAAAUCGACAUGGUGAUCGAUGCGAAUGCGGCCACGAUUGCGAUUUUGGCGCCGCUGGCAAAGGAGUUGGCCGUGCUCUCGUCGGACACUCGAUGGAACUACGUGUUGGACAAGCAAACGCUGCGCGUAACGCACUUGAAUGCGAUCUCGCGCAUCUACGGCGAAGCUGGCCAUCAAAUGCUCGAACUGCUGGCCAAGCACCCCGCUGGCGCAAUCCCAGUCAUCUUGAAGCGUCUCCAGCAAAAGGACGAAGAGUGGCGGCGGGCGCGGCAGGACCUGAACAAACAGUGGAAGGACGUGAACGAGAAGAACUACCACAAGAGCCUCGACCACUCGUCGUUUUACUUCAAGCAAAAGGACAAGAAAGCAUUGUCUGCAAAGCACUUUCUUAGUGAAGCCAAGAAGGCACUCGAUAAGAAGGAUCCCGCCGCCACGUUCGCCUUCCCGGCCGCCAAGAUCCACAAGGAUGCAUUUGGCCUCCUCACGUACGCGGCGGAAAAGAUGGCUGGCGACAAGGAAAAAAUCAGCAAGAUCUGGACCCAAUUCUUCUUCCCGUUCUUCCAACUCGAUGAGUCGUGGCUCAAACGCAAGCCGGUCCGGUCGACGGUGGCUGCGUCCAAGGCCAAGUCUCUGCUGCCAGGUACCGAGGUCGUGUGCGACUUUGGCGAGGGUAUGAUCAAAGCCAUCGACACCACGAACGGCAUCGCAACGGUGCAGUUGCCCAUCGGUGUCGCAUACGUGCAAGUCGACUCGCUGACGAUUCAAGAAGCUGCCGACUUCCCGCCCAACGUGGUCGUGUCGGACGAGCGCGAUUCUGCGCCUGUGUCCCGUGGAUUCUUUAGCGAAGCAGCUUUUGUAUUUGUACGGCUCUACCACGUCCUGUACAGCCGCCUCGAGCAGGCGCGGGAGCUGUGUGAAAAGGCCAAGCGCAAUCGUAAUCGUCGCACAAUCAACCCUGCGGCCGCCAUGCUCGCUCAUGCGCAUCACGUGGCGUCAGCCGAAGUGGACAGCCAGACCGGCGAUUACGAAGCCUUCAUGUCCAAGCUGUACGCGUUGAUCGAUCAGUCCAUCGAGAGCCCGCGGUAUGAGGACUGUUGCCGCAGCCUCAUGGGGUCGUCGUCGUACUUUUUGUUUACAAUGGACAAGCUUGUGACGCUGCUACUCAAGCAAAUGCAGCACAUGGCUACAGACGACGCAUGCCAAAAGCUCGCGGCGCUGUACCAGUCGCAGCUGGACGCGCCGCUCGAGAAAGGCGCGUACUUUACAGCAGCGAAACCUAUCUUUGACGAAGAAGGCGAAGGUGCGUUCUGGAUGGAGUUUUCGUCCGGCGUUCUACGCAAGACGCCGCUCGCAUCGCCGUCCAACAGCGCAGCGGCGGUGGAGAAGAAAGUCGCGCAGCUGUGGGCCCCAUCCCCACGCACGAAACACCCAGAGCCGUCCAAAUGGCUCGUGGAGCCGCAACUCUCGGUCGAGUACCUCGGGUGCGUUGAAGGGGACGACGAUCAGGACGACAGUAACAAGGACGACGACACGACCUUGAGCGAAGAAGACGAAAGUGGCAUGAGUGAGGAAGACUCAUCCAUCAAGAGCAAGAAGCGCGCGCGCGAAGAGCUGCAUAACGAUGUCAAGUCGCCGCCGCCACCACCUCCCGACGACACGGACGAGUCUGCGCAGAAACGGAAGAAAGAGUAGGCUGUGCCAUUUUAUAUAUACCAGUUUGUAUGGGUCAA